ACGGGAUCGCUGUGAUUGGUCGAAUCCAUGUUUGCCUUUUCAAACACGUUUCAACCGGAAGCUGCGAGUCCGUGAGAAAGUGCUGUGGAAGCUGCAGUGGCCGUCAGUCAUCUGUGGGUCCCCAUGAGAGGAAACGCCAAACGCGAGGUGGUGUCAUCAGGGAGGCUGACGGGGGCGGUGAGAGGGCGUGUAGCCGCUUCCCGCCCGGGGGCAGCAUCCCGCCCGGAGCCGGCCUACUCUCUGUACUCCACCGACUCCGAGGACCAGGUCACCACUCUGCAGAAGGGUCUGGACCGCUGUGCUGCCUUGCUCCACGGGAUGCUUCAGGCUGACAAAGCAGCCUCUCCAAGCCUUCCCAGGACAGUAAGCAGUGGAGCAGUGAGAUCCAGGCUUUCCUCAUCAGUGGGGAAAAAGGCUUUGAAGAAACUUCCUCCAAAGGCAGACCACAGGAGUGCUCCUUCAGGCCAGCGUGGACCGGGCACCAGAACUCCAAGAGCACAUCGCUCCACCCCCCCUGCACCGCAUUCAGGAGUGAAGCUACACCCACCUCAGAAACAGCUGGCCCAGCUGCAGUCUCACUUACUGCCAGCACACAGCCAGACCCCUCAGCUUCUCUCCCCCACUGCCCAUCCAGCCCAGGCUUCCACCCCACCCCCCCAGCCCGAAGUGUCCGUCCUUCUGUCGGUUCGCCAGUCGUCCUCUCUCUCAGAGCAGCUCCCAGUCCAUCAGGCUGCCUGCCAGUCUGUCUCUCAGCCUUCGCACACACACUGUGUGCGUGAUGAAGAGGAGGAGUGUGUCCCUGUGAGAGACGUGAAUACCCAGAGCCCCCCCACAGACUCUCACACAGCUGCCAGACACACACAUGCUCACAGAGACACCUGCACCAUGAAGAUGUCACACUUACAACUGGAACCUGGACGGGGUGAGACGGUCCCCGGAGACACUCUGAGCAGGGAGGGGUGCGGCGCUGAGGCGGACACCACAGCUACCAUGGUUCAGUAUCUGUUAGGAGAACUCAAGGCUCUCAUUGCUGGACGAGGUGGUGUAGCAGAGAGUCUGCUCAGUGAUCUGGAGCAGGCUGUGUCCACACCGCAGAUGAAUGUUGGAAGGUCGCAGUGUGUGUCAGACCCAUCAGCCCUGCACAGCCACAACACACAACUGCACAGGCAUGGGAGGAUUCUGAACCAGCAGUUAAAGGAGAGUGAGAAAGCAGAGAGGCAUCAGAAACAGGAGAUCCUCUCUAACUCAGAAAGUAAAGUGCUCAGACUGCAGGAGGAGCUCACUGCCGCUCAGCAUCAGCUGCAGGAACUCAGAGAGGACCUGAGCGACCUGUGGGACACCCUGCGGGACGCACAGAGCCAGCUGAGGGAGCGAGAGGCGGAGAAUGCGCUCAUGAAGACAGACCUGGAGGCCACUAAAAGCAGGUUACUGCACAGUGAGCAGGAGAGGAGUAAGCUGGCCUCACUGGCGGAGCACAGACUGAAGCAGAUGGGACACCUGAACAGUCUCCUUCAGAGUCGGCUUUCAUCGGACUGCCUUACUGCCGCUGAGAGCUCGGUGUCUGAUACAGACCAACAGCAGCACAGACUGGAGCCACUAGCGCCCCCUACUGACCACAUCAUCCAAUACUUGAAGUCUCUUGGCCAGAGUGUGCACACAGAGGAUGUGCAGUAUGUGGCUGCAGAGAGAGAGGGAGCGCCCAUAUCACACCAUGAUGUCAAAGGUCAGGGGAGCGAGGAACCUGCAGGGCCUCGGGUGAAUCGUCAGAAGUCUAACCUUGAGGCGCAGCGGCCAGAGGAGGCUCGCAGGCAGCAUUCCCAGUGUGACACGGAGUCUGUGUGGUCUGAUUGGAGCAUGAAGUCAAGGUUGACCUUUGACACCAGAGACGAGGCAGCGUUCAGAGACGGCCUGGCAGCUUUGGACGCCAGCAUAGCCAGCCUGCAGAAGACUAUUGAGCUGGACCUGAAGAGCUGACGCAGGCCCGGCUUCGGUGGCGUCUCUAUAUUUAUGGCCUGCUUAGAUGAUAAAUUGUGCUGUAAACUGUUAAUUAAGAUUUUAAAUAAAGGUUUUUUUCUUUACGUUUCUGCUUGUGGCCGUGAUCUGAACAGUGGUUUGUUCUGCUGCUCCUGGAGGUGGUCCCUCCUCAGUCUGUCACCUGUCUGCAGGGCUGUCAGUCAAACACAGCUGACUGUGAAAACAGCAAAAUGAACCAACAUGCCUCACCUGUACUGAGCAGAAAACUGUAAUCUGUGGUGUAUCUAUAGUCUGAGGUCACAUCGUUGUCACAGACGCUGCUGAUGCUCAGGCUGUGACUACAGCUCGACUUUGUCCUCCUAAGAGCCGAGCUCAACAGGAACCUUUUAAUCAGAGUUCAGCCUCAGUCAGUGAACCUCUGAUACUGACUGUGGUCAGUCAGUAUCAGGUUACCAACAGGUGCACUGGAGGGGCAACAGUGAGACACCCCCCAAACAGGAAUGGUUUCACAG